ACAAUUCAUUCAUUGAACAACGUUGACUUGUUUUCAUAGUAGUAGAAAGUAUGAGUCGAGAGCUUGAACAACCAAAAGAUUGGAUUUCCUCCUUUAGCAAACAAGAAUGGAAAACACCUGCAGUUGCUGUUGCAGGCACUUUAGCUUCCUUGGGUCUUAUUCGAUUGUACUCUAAUGGCCCUGUCUAUCGAAAAACGGUUAACCUGAAAGGAAAAGUAGUCGUUGUUACUGGUGCCAAUACGGGCAUUGGAAAGGAAACUUGUAUUCAGUUGGCGAAAAUGGGCGCCACCAUAGUGAUGGCUUGUCGAGACUCUUCAAGAGCACUCAAAGCAAAAGAACAAGUUGUAAAACUAUCCAAAAACGAGGAUAUAGAUAUCAUUCGGUUAGAUUUAAGUGACUUAUCUUCCGUUCGUCAAUUUGUUUCCGACUUUUGCAAGAAAUAUUCCCGACUGGAUAUUUUAUUUUGUAAUGCAGGGGUUAUGGCUUUACCCAAAAGAGAAACAACCAAAGACGGUUUUGAGAUGCAAUUCGGAGUCAAUCAUUUGGGACAUUUCCUAUUGACCAAUCUUUUGUUGGAUAGAUUGAUUGCUUCAGCACCUAGUCGAGUGAUAGUAGUUUCUUCUUAUGGGCAUACAUUUGGGAAGAUUGAUUUUGACAAUUUGCAAUGGGAGAGAAAUUACUCGGGUUUUGCAGCAUAUGGUGCUUCCAAGUUAGCCAAUAUAUUGUUUGUCAAAGAGUUGGAUAAGCGUUUGAAACAACAAAAUGCAAAUGUGGGAGUAUAUGCAGUACAUCCAGGAGCGGUUCGUACGGAACUUGCUCGAUAUAUUUUAUCAAGUUGGUGGAAGAAGUUGUUGGCUGCACCAGUAUUACCGCGCAGUUAUUUGCUCAUGAAGGAUCCUUAUCAUGGUGCACAAACACAGAUUCGAUGUGCUAUUGAUCCUUCAUUGCAACAGUCCAGUGGUAAAUACUUUGCUGAUUGUAAAGAAACGACUCCAUCUGCUGCUGCUAGAGAUGCUCGAGUUGCAGAAAAGUUGUGGCAGGUAUCGGAACAGUUGGUGGGUAUGGCGAAGAAAUAAAAGACAAUGUAUAAUGUUGUGUAAGACUUGGAGAUUUUAUAUUUUCAAUAUUUUCAUGGCAACUUGCAUAUCAUUGGGUGCCUUUUGAGUGAUUCGAUAUCGCAACCACUCUAUUCCAGUCAUUCCCAUUUCUGGAGUCACUUGUAUCUUACUCAACUUGGUUUCUGCAUCCUUUUGACUCACGUCAUAAGCAAAUUGUAGUCUGGAUUGAUGUUCACGUAAGUCUGGUAACUGACGAACUAUGUUUUGUAACAUUCUUCCAAAAUCCUUACCAAAUACCGAUCUAGCUACUCCCCUAUUUAACGUACCCAUAUAAAGUCUACGUCCCCAAGCUGUCUUACAAGCAUUGACCAACGUUUUAGAACGACUAUCGCCUUGAAAGGAUGCAAUAGGAAACCAAAGUGGUCUCUCAGGUGACUUUGUAAACAAAGUAAAUACAGGAGUCCCAUCUUCCGGUAGCUGUGUUGUUGCAUUCUGUCUUUUCAUUUGUUCUUGAUAUAAUUGUUGGCGCAUCUUUCUGCCUUUUUUGGAAACCAGACUUGAUACACCACUCUUUUUGGGUUUUCUGGUGAACACAAAGGGCAUUGUAGUAAGUGGUUUA